AUGGAUUCCCCACUUUCGUUUAAGCGUGUUCUUGUUCAGUCACUCCUUCUCCUAGCCCCUACCCUUGCUGUCGCGCAAGACUCCAAGGCUGCCGACCUUCAGUCAUGCCUGGCUGCUGCCGGAGUCGAGAAUGCCAUUGAAGCCUCUGGGACCUGGGCAAACGCCACUGCUGCGUUCCAGAAGCGUAUCAACCCCGCCCCCGCCGCCGUCGCUUUUCCGCAGGAUCGGAACCAAGUGGCCGCCUCGCUGAGCUGUGCCAGGAACGCCUCUGUGAAGGUCUCUCAACUGGGCGGCAGCCAUUCCUUUGCGGGCUUCGGCUUCGGUGAUCCCGGCAACCUUGUUGUCAGCCUAGCUGCUUUCAACCAGGUCAGCUAUGACGAGGCCAGCCAGGAACUGACCUUUGGAGGUGGCAGCAGGGUUGGACCUGCUGCAACCUACUUGUGGGAAAACUAUGGCAGGCAUUUCCCCCACGUCCGCUCCGGCCACGUCGGUCUCGUUGGCUCUUCCAUCGGUGGUGGCUUCGGCACCACUUCCCGCUUCCUCGGUACUCCGAUGGAUAACAUCGUUGGUGUGGAAUACAUGCUCUACAACGGAACCAUUGUCAGUGGCCGUGAGGGCUCUGAUCUUCUCUGGGCAGCGCACGGAGCUGGCUCGUCGUACGGUGUCAUCCUGUCCAUGACCACCAAGACUUGGAAGCCGGUUUACGACAAGGCCGUCAACUUCACCCUUUCCCUCGGCAACGUCAGCCUCGAUGUCGGCACCAAAGCCCUCAUCGCCAUCCAGGAAUACGCCAUCAACGACGCUCCCGACGAGCUUGCCCUCCGCUGGGGCCUGACCGCUCCCCCCUUCGCCGGCACCGGCUACUUCUACGGCAACCCCGCCGAGUUCGACAGCCUGCUGCAGCCCCUCCUCGACCGCCUCCCGGCCAACGCCUCCCUCACAAAGACCGAGCUGGACUUCUGGACCAUGGAGCAGCAGACGACGGGCGGCAUCGCGGCGCCCAACGGCGGCGCCCUCGGCGGCCGCGCCUUCUACACGCAGGCCCUGACCGUCACGACCGACGCCCCCCUGACGUACGACACGGCCUACACGCUCUACGAGAGCACCACCUACGCCUUCAACCGCACCGACCUGCGCAAGUCGGGCUUCCUCGACCUGUGGGGCGGCGUGUCGCGCGACGUGGCCGACGCCGACACGGCCUACGCGCACGGCGACAACCUGUGGCUCAUCCGCUGGGACGCCAACGCCGCCGACGUCAACGCCUGGCCCGCCGACGGCGUCGAGUACCUCAAGAACCAGAUGCUGCCCUUCGAGCAGGAGCUGCAGGCCGCCGGCACCGCCCUCCGCGGCUUCGCCAACUACCGUGACACGGCCCUCACCGAGGCCGAGUGGAGCGCCCGCCUGUACCCCGGCGGCAACUACGAGAGGCUCAAGGCCAUCAAGGCCGCCGUCGACCCCGAGGCCUUGUUCUCGUCCAACUCGCAGAGCAUCCCGCUGCCUUGA